GUCUUAACCAUGACAAUUACACGCCAGAACUCCCCACUGACGCCUCGGCCACUCUUCUUAUAUGGGACGCUACGUGCAAUGCCUCUACUAGCCUGGGCACUAACAGGAGACUCUCGGAAAACCGACGUCGUGACACCUCUCGUCAAGCUUGCAGAACUCAAAGGCUAUGCCCGCUUCUCCCUGCUCGGUAAAGAUUAUCCUGCUCUGAUAAAGCACAGCGAAACAUCGGUCGUCGACGGUUUGCUGCUCCGCCCUCAGGACAAGUCCCAGCGGAGAAAGCUAGACGAUUUUGAAGGCGAGGCAUAUAUAGUGACGCCAGUCCAGGUGGCUGUCGAGGGUCAGAUGGUGGACGCGGACAUUUACUUGUGGAACGGCGAGCCUGACGCGGUUUCGACGGACUGUUGGGAUCUCGACACGUUCAUUCGGGAGCGUCUGGAUGAUUGGAUUGAGCUCUUCGCAGGCAUAGAGUUAGUGGGAGAUGAUGUGGAUGCAUAAGUAUCGGCUCUCGUUUGGAGUAUGCGACGCCCCGCGAAAUGGAUGGAAAUCCUCUUUUUCCAUGACCGCUGCCUUCUGGAUUGAUUGU